AGGUGCUGGGGGAGGGGAGCGCCGGGCUGACCGUUUCGGGGGGGAAAAAGCAAAAGGCGGGUGCAAGGCUGCCUCCCGAGGCUCUCCUUGCUUGCAAUUCCUCCCGCUUUGCUGAGUUCGGAGUCUCUACCUCCAGCACAGGAUGUGGUGCCACAGGUUGUCCCACCUUCAAAGCAGUCUCCAGGACCUACUGAGGGGAAGAGUCAUAUGUUGGGCACUUCAACAGCCCAGCUUCAAUAGCUUAUUUCCAUUAGCCGUCCAUUGGCACCAUACAGCCUCCAAGUAUCCGAACUGUGCUUGGCAGCAACAUGAAGAUCAUUUUGAACUGCAGUAUGCUAACACUGUGAUGCGCUUUGAUUAUGUCUGGCUUCGAGACCACUGCCGCUCAGCAUCUUGCUACAACUCUAAGACUCACCAGCGGAGCCUGGACACUGCCAGUGUGGAUUUAUGUAUCAAGCCAAAGACCGUUCGUCUGGAUGAGACCACACUCUUUUUCACUUGGCCAGAUGGUCAUGUGACUAGAUAUGAUUUGGAUUGGCUGGUGCAAAACAGCUAUGAAGGGCAGAAACAAAAGGUCGUUCAACCUAGAAUCUUAUGGAAUGCUGAAAUCUACCAGCAAGCCCAAGUUCCAUCUGUAGAUUUCCAGAGCUUCCUAGAAACCAAUGAAGGACUGAAGAACUUUCUGGAAAAUUUUCUGCUCUAUGGAAUUGCAUUUGUAGAAAAUGUCCCUCCCACUCAAGAGCACACAGAGAAGUUGGCAGAAAGGAUCAGCUUGAUCAGAGAAACCAUCUAUGGGAGGAUGUGGUAUUUCACGUCAGACUUUUCCAGGGGCGACACUGCAUACACCAAGCUAGCUCUGGAUCGGCACACUGACACUACCUAUUUUCAAGAGCCCUGUGGCAUUCAAGUGUUUCACUGUCUUAAGCAUGAAGGAACAGGUGGCAGGACACUGCUAGUAGAUGGAUUCUAUGCAGCAGAACAGGUACUUCAAAAGGCGCCUGAGGAAUUUGACCUCCUCAGCAAAGUGCCAUUGAAGCAUGAAUAUAUUGAAAAUGUUGGAGAAUGUCACAACCACAUGAUUGGGGUUGGGCCAGUCUUAAAUAUCUACCCCUGGAAUAAAGAGCUCUAUUUGAUCAGGUACAACAACUAUGACCGGGCUGUCAUCAAUACCGUACCUUAUGAUGUUGUCCAUCGUUGGUAUACAGCACAUCGGACUCUAACAAUAGAGUUGAGGAGACCUGAGAAUGAGUUUUGGGUCAAACUAAAGCCUGGCAGGGUCCUAUUUAUAGACAAUUGGCGUGUCCUACAUGGCAGGGAAUCCUUCACUGGCUACCGCCAACUCUGUGGCUGCUAUUUAACAAGGGAUGACGUAUUAAACACUGCUCGUCUCUUGGGGCUUCAGGCUUAAAAUUGACAGCAUUGGGAUUAUGAACACACCUGGCACCCUGGCUACCAGAAUUUCAUAUCAGCAGAAUAAUGUGGCAAAACAUACUUAAAAUUACCUCCUUACCCCAUCACACAAAGCAGAAGCCACCCCUUUAUGUAGUAGGAGAAACCUGUUGGAAAGAGGCCUGUAGUAUGAUAGCUCUCUUCUCCAAGUUAUAACAUGGGCUCAUUUGUUUUUCAGAACUUUUGGUAUAAUCUUGGCCAGUCUACUUCAGAAAUAUAAUCUCCACAUUGAUAGGGAAACAAUAUUCACUAAGUAAAAAUUUCUUGCAACUAGACCAGUUAAAAAGAAAUGCAUUCCAAGAUUCACAAAAUUUUUGGCCUUAGGACACCUUAACACUCUUAAAAGUUAUUGAGGACUCCAAAGAGUUCUUGAGUGCAGGUUAUAUCUAUUGAUACCUAAUUGUAUUCAGUAUUAAGACUGAGAAAUGUUUAAAAUUCAAGAACACAAAAGCGCGCAUCCUUCAGCUAUCAGAGAGAUGACAUCACAUGUCAUGUAGCCUCUGGAAAAGUCUUCUGUAGAUUCAUGAGAUAAUGAGAGUAAAAAAGGCAAGUGUCAUCUUAGUGUUAUUAUAAAAAAUAGUUUUUAACCCACAGACCCAAUAAAAGGGUAUCAGGGACCCCUCCAGUUGUCUUCAGACCACACUUUGAGAACCAAUGGGCUAGAGGAUACCUUGGGACAGUCUUUUACAUAGGCCUGUGGAUUAAAGACUUUAGCUGAAACCCUAGAUUUUUCUCUACAGUCUCCUAGAACUACAGAUAUUGUAGGAACUGUUUGAUAACACAAGCUCAGUGAUAAGGUGGGAACUGAACACAGUGUUUUAUCUUGUGAGAAGGGUUAUCUCCACCCAAGUCAUGUCUCAAGGAACUAAACUAGGAAGUCACGAUAGCUCCUAUGGAACAAACCCAUCAGUUCGGUAGCUCUGUGAGGCAUUAAUUGCAGAAAGUUUUUAGAGACUUCUGAGGUUCCAUAUGACAGUUCAUACAUACACACACACACACACACACAUGCACACACACACACAGACACCCCAUGAGAGAGUGCAGAGGGUUAGCCUGUAAGGUUGUUGAGGGAACUCAUCAUGAUAGAUGAUGUGCCUCCAAAGAACUGGAGAUUACUAUCCAAACUUACAGUUUGGCUUUUGAUGAAAUUUGGGAUGCAAUCUGUUUUCCUCCAUUUCUGCUGAUCUUUUUUUUGGUUUUUUUCCUCUCUUAAAAUAUUAUACAUGUUAAUUGCCAAGAUUGACUGCAUUAAAUAUAAUACCAUGUUUCUUUUA